AUCCCAUUCUACUGAACGUAUCGCAUUCACACGGUGGAUCCCUUUCCUCUUUACGCCCAUGCUAGCUUAAGUGUCAAACUACUUGGCGCAACAGAUUUAAAACCUAAUAGGCUACUACUUUGAGUGACGUUAGUUACAGCAAAGGAUGUGCCUCCCACCGAAGCACACAUCUUUCGUCUAUGGAAGAAUGCCGAGGGGUCUUCGGUUUGGGUUUGGGAUCUCGUUAGAAAAGCUACUAAUGUUGUCUUUCCGAGGCUGUUGAUGUUGAGUAUUUUGAGGUGCUACCGAAUUGGGACGAGGAUCCCUCGGGUCGCCUCUGUAGCGCCCCCCUGCAGACCAAAAACUUUCCUCUCUCGAAGUGAUUUCCUCCCCUGUUUUUACUUCCUGUUUUCUGCGGGAGUCACUUAGCUCAGCGCCUUUCAUUUCAACUUUUUUCUUUGCGCCUGGCACUUCCAUACUUUCUUCUGGCGAAAUUUGUAACAUCUGUAAGUUAUCUGUUUCUUUUGAGUUGUUCAAUCGCGCGCUCUCAGAGCAGGCUACAUUCUUCGGAUUUUAAGGAGAAAUGCUGGACUCGAUUUUAUGAUCGGCCCGAUGGAUUUCACAUAGAUUUGGUUUUGUUUGCUGGACUGUCCACUUAACCUGUUAUUUUUUUCGCCCUUUCCCGUGCUUUGCUCUCUACACCCUUAUUUGCUACAAAGGCAACUCGAUUGCAAGAGCUACUUCUCAUGGGUAUUAAUGAAGUUCGCACGAUAUAGCUUAGGCUAUCUUUAGUUGUAACGACUCAUUUUGCGGCUAAAUGUUAUCGACGAUGUUUAGUUUAUAAUUAAUGUCUCUUUGAAAGCUACAAUGGCUGAGCUUCAGCGACCGACGCUGUGCUGUUGUCGGAAAGUGCUGACGGUGCCCAGCAAGUCCUGUGAAGGCGGCCGGGCUUUGGGACAAUGUCGGCUGGUGGACAUUGCAUCGGCCUCCAACUUCCACAGCUUUAAACUUCGACACUUUCAUCUCGACCUCCACCUCAACUUUGCGCUGAAGAGGAUGACUGGGUGGCAGGUCCUUGAACUGGUGCCGAUCCAGCCUGGGGUGCAAACUCUGGUGUUGGACACACACCCGUCCCUACACAUCCAUUCCAUAGACUGUAAGGUACCCGGUACCGCUGGUUCCCCAGAUAUCUUCCUCUCACUUUCAUACCGUGUGGACCCUUUCACAGACUACGGCUCCUCGCUUAACAUUACCCUGCCGGCCACAGUCAUCCGGCCGCACCGGGCUUUCCAGAUCACCAUCCGUUACACUACGACAGACGGCCCUGCGAUCUGGUGGCUGGAUGCUGAGUUGACAUGCGGUCAGACGCGUCCGCUGGUCUUCACGCAGGGCCACUCUGUGUGCAACCGUUCCUUCUUCCCCUGCUUCGACACGCCGGCCGUCAAGAGCACCUACUCCGCCAGCGUGCGGGUACCAGAGGGUGUAACGGUGCUCAUGAGCGCAUCCCGCAGUGCAUACUCCAAGCAGGACCGCGUUUUCCAGUUCUCCAUGGAGUUCCCCGUGCCUGCCUACCUGGUGGCGCUGGUGGCAGGGGACCUGCAGCACGCUGACAUCGGCCCCAGGAGUCGUGUGUGGGCAGAGCCUUGCAUCCUCACUUGUGCUGUCAGUAAACUGGGUGGCAGUGUUGAGCGCUGGCUGGCUGUGGCUGAGGGACUCUUUGGCCCGUACGUCUGGGGGAGGUAUGACAUUGUGUUCCUGCCUCCCUCCUUCCCCAUCGUUGCCAUGGAGAACCCGUGCCUGACGUUCAUCAUCUCAUCCAUUCUGGAGAGCCGGGAGUUCCUGCUGAUCGACGUAAUCCACGAGAUCGCCCACGGCUGGUUCGGCAACGCCGUCACCAACGCCACCUGGGAGGAGAUGUGGCUGAGUGAGGGGCUGGCCACCUAUGCACAGAGACGCAUCACCACCGAGGCUUAUGGCGAGGCCUUCACCUGCCUGGAGACAGUGUUCCGUCUGGAUGCUCUGCACAGACAGAUGCGUCUCCUGGGAGACAACAACCCCGUCAGCAAACUCCAGGCCAAGUUUGAGCCAGGAGUGAACCCCAGCAGUCUGAUGAAUUUGUUCACCUACGAGAAGGGCUUCUGCUUCGUGUCCUACCUCUCAAAGCUUUGUGGUGACAUCAAGCGGUUUGACAGCUUCCUACGGGCCUACAUAGAGAAGUUCAAGUUCAGCAGUGUGGUGGCUCAGGACCUGCUGGACUUCUUCCUGGGCUUCUUCCCUGAGCUGAAGGAAAACUGCGCGUCGCAGAGAGAAGGGCUGGAGUUUGAGCGCUGGCUGAACGACUGUGGUCCCCCCCUGUUCGAGCCUGACCUAUCGGCCGGGGGGGUUCUGACCGGCCCAGUUCAGCGGCUUUGUGAGCUGUGGGGUAACGACACCAGCGACACACAGGUUAUUACGACCUUUGACCUCUCCACGUGGAGCACCUUCCAGACGGUGCUGUUCCUCGACCGGCUGCUAGACCGCUCGCCGCUCCCUCAUGAGGUAAUGACUCAGCUGUCGUGCUACUACUCGACCCUGCUAGAUGGCAUGAACGCUGAAGUGCGCAUCCGCUGGCUGCAGAUUGUGGUGCGGAACAGCUUCUAUCCCGACCUGCCGCGAGUCCGCAGCUUCCUGCUCAAACAUACAUCCCGCAUGUACACCGUGCCGCUGUAUGAGGACCUGUGUGGUGGGGUGAUGAAGUGCUUCGCUGUGGAGGUCUUCUACCAGACGCAGGCACGCCUGCACCCCAACCUGCGCCGCACGCUGCAGCAGAUCCUGUUCCAGACCACCCUCCCCUGCACCGUCAGCUCCGCCCCAGAUGCCCCACCUGUUCUGGCCCCGCCUAUUCUGGCUCCUCCUACUACCGGCCCCACACCCACAGACCCCCCCGCCAACGGGACCAUUUCACUGCGAGACGUCAACGUUUCGGCAUGACACCGACUUGGGGGACGGACUAUGUGACCACUGUGAUGGAGGGAGGUAUUGAGAAGGAUGGAGAGUGAAACCCGGAAGCCACGGAUAAAUGAGUGACAGUGGCAAUGGAGUUCAGUGAGAGAUGGGUGAUGCUGAAGGGCGGAGAAGAGGAGAAAGAUCUGGAAAGGACUUGAAAAAAAAUAACGACUCGUGAACCCUUGUCGUGCCUGGUUGAGACUGGAGGGAUGUUGUGGGGGGGGGGGGGGGGCGGGGAGAGUGUGGAUGUGUGAGUGUGUGUGAGGGGGAUUUUACAUGCGUCAGAGAACCAGUGCUCACACACUCACUCACAUACACAUUCACCAACACUGGGUUAUUUAUGUGUCAUAAGCUAACCGUUUACGCUGCUCUUGGUGAAGAGACAAAAAGAAAAAUCUCUCCUUAGGGUUGAAUUUAUGCUUAGACUGUUUGUUUGUUUGUUUGUGUGUGUGUGUGUGUGUGUGUGUGUGUGUGUGUGUGUGUGUGUGUGUGUGUGUGUGUGUGGUCACGUGAGAGUACACUAGAUGCAGUUUGCCAUUUGGCAAUAAACCCAAAUGAUCAGUAUGAGUGACAAUGUUUGAAUGUUUAUAAUUGACAUGUUGGCUUACCUAUGCACAAGUCUAUGAAUGUGUGUGAGAGUUAGUACGUGAAUCCUGGACCAUUUUUUCACUACAACUGGGGGGACCUGGCCAAUGGGAGCGGGUCAACCAGUGACAUGGGACAUGAGAACAGGAGGUCUUUACACUUCUCUGUGCCUGUCAAUCAUGAGAGACACACUUGACGAUCACGGAGACGGACCAGCUGCCUUAGGUACCUCUGCUCUGUGCAGUAUUUAACGAGGGGGGGGGGGGGGGUUCCCACAUGAGAAGUGUUCCUUCAUAACCAUGCCGAUAAAAACCAUGACCAGAAUGGAACGCCCUUGUGUUGAAAGAUGUCAAGCUUGCAUACGCUCGCCAAUUUUCGUGAACUAGUUACAUCCGCGGUAGUGUUCAGGAGUGGUAGUGUGAUUGUUUUUCUCUCCCCCACAGGCACUAAAAAUGUGUCCUUCUUUCCCAGUUUGUACUUCCCUUUCACCCCUCCCCCCACCCCUCUCCCCACCCCAAGCAAACCCACCUGACCUCUGUGCCUGGUGCUAAACCCCUCCCACCUGUGACCUCAGGUAUGUCAGUCAAGAGUGGAGGGGCGGGGUACACACAGGUGCCUUCUGUAAGCUUUGCACUGUUGUGGAAGGUGAUGUCACAACACUGCUGCCCUAGUUCAGAGGGGGCUUGUGUGGGCCCUCCUAGCCAUAUGUCUGAGUCCAUAACAAUGAUGAUGUCAGCGUUACAGAGACUCUGCCCACAUUCAAAUGCAUUUCUCAUAUGUUACUGGCAUACGAGUUAUGUUCUUUAAGUGUUGAUUUUGUUCUUAUUUGGAUGCUUGUCGUAAAAUAAACACAAUGUAAUUUGAAUGUUAAAAGAGGGACUAAUCAUAUAUUGAUUUUAGUUUGUUUGCGAUGUAAUUGUUAGAGAGCAGUCCUCAUCUGGUCAUCAUGAAUUUGUGUUUUAAGAUAGUGUUUAACUAGUGAAAGUGUGAACGAAUCAAUGGCAGUGGAUACGCAUUGGUGGGAUACUCAGUCAUUAAAGGCCUUAAUCAACUGCACAGGUGAAAACAGACCUUUAUUUUCAAAGUUUUGCAGGUAAUAAAACUGUUGAGAAAUGAAAAUAA